AUUUAAACCAAUAAGGUUAGGACAAGAGAAUAGCUGUGGUUUGCGUUGCAAAAACAACAACAACAAAAAAAGCCCCGAGGCUCCACGGGCAGACCUACAAGGCUGCGCAAACAAAUCGAGGGAUGAGAUUCUGCUGUUUCUUUGUCUAGGGUGCUCAGAUGCUAUCAGCUGCUGCUGUUCGGUGGGGCCAGAGCGCCUGGCUCCAAACGGUCUCUAACCAGAACGGUGGGAGCUGAUGGCUCCGAGUUUGGGGCGAGGUAGAAACUCUCCAGUGCCACUUCCGACUUUAAGCCUUCCUGUUGCCGGCCACUGUGGCGGUUUUGUUUCUGGGGAACGCGUUUUCGCUCAGUCGCUCGGCAGCCCGAGCCUGCAGCAGCGGCCAGGCGGCUGUCCCCGCGGCCGGGCUCACCCCUGCAGACGCGCUCCGCUUCCAGCAGCGCCGGGCUCCGCCGAGAGCUCCUAAAAGCCCUCCCGCGCGUCCUUAUCCAGGAGCAAAACUAUGUCAGGAAUGGAGGUUUGCUAAACCAGAAAAUUCGAAGGAGCGCAUUAAACUGGUGGACGCAGCAGAUGUAAGCGCUGUGCAAACAUCUCAAACCAGUUCAGAUGUUGCUGUUUCCUCAAGUUGCAGGUCUAUGGAAAUGCAGGAUCUCACCAGCCCACACAGCCGUCUGAGUGGUAGUAGUGAAUCCCCCAGUGGCCCCAAACUCGAUAACUCUCAUAUAAAUAGUAAUUCCAUGACUCCCAAUGGCACCGAAGUUAAAACAGAGCCAAUGAGCAGCAGUGAAGUAGUUUCAACAACAGCAGACGGGUCUUUAGACAAUUUCUCAGGUUCAGCAAUUGGGAGCAGUAGCUUCAGCCCAAGACCAACUCACCAGUUCUCCCCACCACAGAUCUAUCCUUCCAACAGAGCAUACCCACAUAUUCUCCCUACCCCUUCCUCACAAACUAUGGCUGCAUAUGGGCAAACACAGUUUACCACAGGAAUGCAACAAGCGACAGCGUAUGCCACAUACCCACAGCCGGGACAGCCGUAUGGAAUUUCCUCAUAUGGUGCAUUGUGGGCAGGCAUCAAGACUGAAGGUGGAUUGUCCCAGUCUCAGUCACCCGGACAGACAGGAUUUCUCAGCUAUGGCACAAGCUUCGGUACGCCUCAACCUGGACAAGCGCCAUACAGCUACCAGAUGCAAGGUAGCAGUUUUACAACAUCGUCAGGAUUAUAUACAGGAAAUAAUUCACUCACAAAUUCCUCUGGAUUUAACAGUUCACAGCAGGACUAUCCAUCUUACCCCAGCUUCGGCCAGGGUCAGUAUGCACAAUAUUACAACAGCUCACCGUAUCCAGCACAUUACAUGACGAGUAGUAACACCAGUCCAGCCACGCCUUCCACGAAUGCCACCUACCAGCUCCAGGAACCACCAUCUGGCAUCACCAGCCAAGCCGUUACAGAUCCCGCGGCAGAGUACAGUACAAUCCACAGCCCGUCAACACCCAUUAAAGAUUCGGACUCUGAUCGAUUACGUCGAGGUUCAGAUGGGAAGUCACGUGGUCGGGGCCGAAGAAACAAUAAUCCUUCUCCUCCCCCGGAUUCUGAUCUUGAGAGAGUGUUCAUCUGGGAUUUGGAUGAGACAAUCAUUGUUUUCCAUUCCUUGCUUACUGGGUCCUACGCCAACAGAUAUGGGAGGGAUCCACCUACUUCAGUUUCCCUUGGAUUGCGCAUGGAAGAAAUGAUUUUCAACUUGGCAGACACACAUCUAUUUUUUAACGACUUAGAAGAAUGUGACCAAGUGCAUAUAGACGAUGUCUCUUCAGAUGAUAAUGGCCAGGACCUGAGCACAUAUAACUUUGGAACAGAUGGCUUUCCUGCUGCGGCCACCAGCGCUAAUUUAUGCUUGGCAACCGGCGUGCGGGGCGGUGUAGACUGGAUGAGAAAGUUGGCUUUCCGCUACAGACGAGUAAAAGAGAUCUACAACACUUACAAGAAUAAUGUCGGAGGUCUGCUGGGUCCGGCCAAGAGGGAAGCCUGGCUGCAGCUGAGGGCUGAGAUUGAAGCCCUGACAGAUUCCUGGCUGACCCUGGCCUUGAAAGCACUCACGCUCAUUCAUUCCCGGACGAAUUGUGUGAAUAUUUUAGUAACAACUACUCAGCUUAUCCCGGCAUUGGCGAAAGUCCUGCUCUAUGGAUUAGGAAUUGUAUUUCCAAUAGAAAAUAUUUACAGUGCAACAAAAAUAGGAAAAGAAAGCUGUUUUGAGAGGAUAAUUCAAAGGUUUGGAAGAAAAGUGGUGUACGUCGUUAUAGGCGAUGGUGUGGAAGAAGAACAAGGAGCAAAAAAGCACGCCAUGCCCUUCUGGAGGGUCUCCAGUCACUCGGACCUCAUGGCCCUGCACCAUGCCUUGGAACUGGAGUACCUGUGACCGCCUCAUAGCACUUUGAAACCGCACAGCUGCCCUGUGACCAGAGACACGUCCUGCAGGCCUGAGUCUCGCAUCAGCGCCCGACUCGUGACUUACCGAUCUCGACAUACUGAUGCUCAGCUGACGUCAGUCUCCACCUCUGCCCUUGUGGUACAUGAAGGACCACGUCUAUUUCUUCAGAACAGCUGUUGCCUCUAGUACUGUGAAUUCAAUGAAAACAAGCCAUGAGAAUGUUCUAGCACAGUGUAAUGUGUCUCUGCCACAUUAACUACAUGGUUCAAACCUGUGAAGAAAGGACCUGCGAACGCUUAAGGUUUUUUAGCAUCUUCAAUGUGAUGACAUAACCAUCUUCUGCAGUACAGCAAACUUGAUUGCACAAUAAAGCCUGAAGUGUGUUUCCUGAAUACCAGUAGGGGGAUUUGCUUGUAAAGAAGGUUUACUUUUCGGUGUCUCCUACCCAGGGUAAUCGGUACUUAUUUAUGAACAGACUUGUUAAAGAAACAGCUUUAUGGAGGUAUAAUCCCAGUGCACCAUCCCAUUCACUCAGACAGACUUUCUGGCAUCAAAUAAUUGAAGAGACAAGAACGUACGAAAUAAGCGAGGAAAGGCCUUCGCCUCAUGACACAGCAAGUACUUUGACUUUUAGCACAUUGCAAAGUAGUUUAACGUAUGUCUAAUUUAAACGUGUAAUAUGUACAUCACUGAGACAAUCAUGUACAGAAAGAAUUUGGGGUGUAAAUUUGUAAUAAUGGAUGAUUCUUUUACAUAUUGUGUAGAAAAUAUUGAAAGGUAGCCAUGCCUGGAUAGUGAAGUAUGAGGCAGUCUGUGCACGAACUCACGUGCAGUGCCUUAUCCAAGUAUACUGGGUAUAAAUAUGUAGAUAAUGGGUUGUUUUUUAGAUAAUGUUGUCAAGACCAAAAGCAUGGAUGUCAAGUGUCAAUAGGAUUUCUCCCCCCAUCAGUUCUUUUUUUUACGCUGUUAGGAGGGUUUUAGGGAAAGAACACACAGUAUCUUAAGUCAUUUGGAAAAAACGUCCUCUUGCAACCUCACUUUUUCAUCUUCAACACUAAUGUAUUAUAUGUAACUACUUGGGGAAAAAAAUGAUUAUUCAAAUGCUUCUUUUCCCACAAAGAAUGCAGAUAGAUGUAUUUUAUUAAUAAAAUGGUUCAUGAAUUGGAAACUAGCAAAGCGAAGUUUUCAUGUGCUCAGAUUCUAGUGUCUGCAUUUCCUUGUUUAGAAAAAGGAGGACAUUACCACAUAGCCGAAAAUGAGCAAACCUUUGCAUUCCUCCCUACAUUCGUUUCCUGUUUUCUGCCACUCUCCCCCACCCUCCCAAGGAAGUUCAUUGCUGGCAGUGGACAUAGCCCGGUCACCAUCACCAAGGAAACAAUGUUACUCUUCAUUUAUGUUACAUAUUACACGACAAGCAUAAAUAUGGGAAAUAAAAAUUGUCACCUUUGUUGUACCAUACAAAUUUUCUCCAGAAGUGGUCUGUUUGGGUACUAGUUUCUUUCUCUCAUCUAUAAAGCCUUCCAUUGUCAUGAAAUUACUUUUUGGAUGAAUUUUCUUUAAUAUUAUAUGGGGGGGGGGGGUGGGAAACCAGCUUUGACCCAAAGUAGCUAAAGAGCUACUCUAUCCUUUUCUGAAUUUUCAUGUUGCUGCUAGAAUUAGUCAGUUGUGAAUUCUCCAAAUUGUUUAACAAUGGCUUUUUUUUUUUUUUGCUUGAAGCAAACAGAAGUUGACAGUUUUUCAGCCUUUUCAUUUUACGUUUUUGUACUCUGCAAAUUGAAAAGACAAAGUUUAUCUUGGCCUUACUGUAUAAAGGUGUGUUGUGCCCACAACUGUGUACAGAAUUUUUCUUCAUUCAUUUUGUGUUUAAAUUAAUAAAAUUGAUUUGUGAAGUACUGUAA